AUGUGUAGAGGAAUCCACUUCAAGAAAGUGGUUGUCAAAACUGUGGAGCCAACUGCACAUGUGCUAGGUUCGGCUUCGUGUCAUGCAUUGGUACGGCGGAAGCAAGUAGAGGACAGAAGCACCUAUACGUGCGCUCGUAUCCGCCUGCACCGAGCGAUUAAGGACACUGUCAUUCAUGUUCCGCUUCGUAGAGUGAGGUGCGGUUCUAUUUCUGAAGCCCCGAUUGCCACGUUAUUUUUCCAGGCUUACUCUCCGUUGUGA